AAGUGAAAUACCAUUGGUUGAAAAUCAGAAAAGGUGAGAAAACUGUCAAUCUAUUACGUUUGAUGGGGAGCAAUUAGAUCCCCAUGGAGUCGGUAAUUUACCACAUGUUUAAGUCAUCCACAUUCUGGAGUCAGAGGAAGAGUUGAGUGUGCAUGUUACUGAUGUUUUAGCAAAGUUUCAGUCUAUUUCUCGUUAAAUUUCAAACUAUUUAAGAGAGAGCAGGAAAUAGCAGUUGAAAGUAAAUGUAUGUUAAUGAAUCAAGACAUACUUGUCAUGUUGCCAACUGCAUAUGGGAAGAGUUAAAUAUUACAAACGUAUGUGAUUGCAAUUGGGCAAUGAAACAACACAAAGGCAUUUGCCCGUUUACAAGCAUCAUCAAAGACCAGACUGCCAAUGCAAGAUCACUUGGAAUCAAGUGUGUGUCCUUGCUAGACAUAAACUUUGACGGUUUUGUUUCAACAAGACUUUAUCAACAACAGAUAUUGCACCUGUUUGUUGUCAUGAAAAAGAUUUACAAUUUUCCUGAGAAAUCUGAGCUGCCAAAGUUCAUACUUCUGGUGAAAAUUCAUUGGCUUAUUUCUUCUGUGGUUUCCAGGGUGGAAAUGAAAAACUUGCAGGGAUCAGAGCAGGCUCACUUUUUCGUUUGCACUCACGGCUAUGCCGUGCACACUUGUGCUCCAGUGUGGGCCUGCUCACAGGCUAGCAUAUACAUAAUUAUGUAUUUCUUCUUUCACAGAACAACUCAGCCCACUCCGCAUCUUGAUGGGAUCCAUGUGAUAUUUGGUCAUGUACUACAAGGACAAGAGGUGGUUUCAGAAAUAGAGAAUCAAAGAGUUGACGACAAAAGCCGACCCCAAGUUGAUGUCAAGAUCAGCAACUGUGGGGAGCUUAUUCCGAAAGCCAAGGCUAAAGCAAAGAAAGCUGAAACGAAAAAAAGAAAGAAGGAACAGCAGUCAGAUUCCAGUUCUGAUUCUAAGUCAGAGUCUGAUACAGAGUCAGACAGCCGGUCCUCUUCAGAUGAGAGUCAGAAGAAGGAGGAACGAACAAGGAAGAAAAAAAGAGAAAAACGCAAGAAAGAUUCUGCAGAAAGAAAACAGAAAAAGAAGAAGACAAAAGAUAAGAAAAAUAAGGAAAUUAAAGACAGCUCAGGUAAUGAGAAAUCAGAGCAGAUCCCUGAACCCGUCAGUACAGUUGCCGCGGAUGAGGUUCCAGAUGUACCUAAUAACUCCUUCCUGUUGAGAAGAAGUCGCACCCCCUCCCCUGUAAGGAAGAAGAGGCUUGAAGAGGCAAAGAAUAGCACAAGUAACCUUCCAGCAGCAGGAUACAAAGCUCCGCCUGAAGAGACUUCAAGAAAGACCAGGAUUUCCAAGUCUGGUAGGAUUCUGAGAGGAAGGGGAAACAUGCGAUAUCGCACGCCCCCACCAUCCUCACCUCCGAACGAAUCCCGUAACAACACGAGACGUCGUUUUCUUCCAAGGCGCUCAACAUCUCCACGACUCGCGAGAUCUCCACGAGAACGUUCAAGGUCCCCACGUGGCCGGCCCAGGUCUCCACGCAGAAGAGUCGCUUCGUUUGAAAGAAAACGUUCAGAUUCACCACAAAAACCGUCGGCAUCACCACACAAACGUUCAAGGUCUUCAAGAGAACGGUUGCAGUCUCCACGAAGGAGAUCGAUAUCUCCGCGGAGAACCUCGAAGUCUCCACGAAGGAGAUUAAAGUCCUCAAGAACAAGCUCGAAGUCCCCACGAAGAAGCUCGAGGAGAUCGCAGUCUCCUCGAAGAAGCUCGAAGUCCCCACGAAAAAGCCCGAAGUCUCCACGGAGAAGAUCGAAGUCUCCUCGAAGGCGAUCGAGGUCUCCUCGAAGACGAGUACGCUCCAUGUCUCCUGAAACAAGCAUUGACGUACAGGCCCAGGUGGACCAAGAAUUGUUACAGAGAACAUUUCGUGAUGGUGAAAGACGCGAGAGUUUAACGACAAGCAAAACUCUGUGGGAACGAAACAGAGGCGAAAGUAGUGACAAAGACAUUGAGCCGACACCCAGAACAAUACGAGCCUUUGAAGAAAAACCAAGUAAAGACGAUAAAAUGACUUCCUCUGUUGAUUAUCGACUACGAGCUAGAACACCGAGUGAUCCAAAGCCAUCUAACAAUAACAUUGACAGAAACACGACCAACCAGAAGCGAGUUAAAUAUCAGUCGACUGGUAGCAGUGAUAGCGAAGGACAGGAAGAAAAUGAAAAGAUUAUUCGCUUUGAGAGAAAAAGAAGCAACUUUGAAGAAGAAGAGAGCACAAUGACGAGAUUGCAGUCGAACGGCGCUGAUCGGAAUUCACGAAGUAUAACUCGUGAGUACGAAGAAGAUAAUAACACAUGCAGGUCUUUAACUGAAGAGGACAAAAUAAGUCAUGCAGGCAGAUCAAACGACUUGAAUAAACUUGCUGAAAAACACAGAGAAUAUGCUGAGAGUGACAAAGAUUUCAUUCCACGCAACAGGCAUUGCCUUAAAGAAGAUAAAUCACAUACAAACAGUGAUAGCUCCGACAGCGAUGGUGAGCAAGAGGUGAAGCGUAGUGCCCAUGAGGGGCAGGGUGGGGUUAAACGUCAGGGUACCCAUGUUAGUAAUACUGACCAUCCUCAGCGCAGCCGCAGUAGGAGUGCUGAGAGUGGCAGGAACCCUUCUAAUGAGAAGAACCGGAAGUCGCGUCAUUAUCAUCAUCACCAUCGUCAUCGUCGGCAUCAUCAUCGUCAUCAUCGCAACAGAAGCUCCACUCCGUCAGAAAACAGGGCUGAGAAACAGAGAAACCGCGAUAGCACGAGCUGAAGGAGCGGACUGUUAAUAUUUGUAAUAACACCCUAAGUAAAUAUAUUAAUGUCAAACAUUCACUGAAAUGCAAAGCAGACUUAUUUUAGGACAGGAUGCUGAAGUGUACUCGAACAAUAGGCUAAAAAAAUUACUUCAUUUGAUAAUAUGUAGCUUCGCUUUCUCAAGGAACACAAGAAAGCAAACACAUAACUAGUUUUGCUACUCUCGUCAUUACUGGUUGAGAGGAGAAACCGCGUGAUUACCAGAACAUGUUAUGUUUUUUGAACACAGAAUACAUGAAAACCAACAAUUCAAUGAACGUUUGUCGUGACGAGACGAUAGUAGAGCUAUCCAAUGUGUGAUUUUUCGCUAAGCGACCCUUUUGCGUUUUUGAGCUCAAACUGUUAGAUCUUUGACAAUUGGUGUGAGACGAGCCAAGAAACGGAAAAGAUAAUCACCAAAAGUUGUAAGGAAAAAUGGCAAUGAAGCCUAAGUUAGAGUCAGUUUCUGAAGUAAAGUGCGCUAUGGCAUCGAGGAUGUUGAUAUUGAUGUUGUGGUUGAUUAAAAUGUCUUAAAAGUUUUGAAGUUUUCAAGCAGCCCGCGUUUCAUCACGUGACAAUCAUACAGCAGAGGUUGCGUUUUUCGGUCUUGUUCAGUUACCAUGGAAACUGACUGAUCAGAACGAUAUCCUGAAGACAUGACUUGUUUGAGUUUAAACAUGUAAAUUCAAAGCAUUUUGAAACAAAUGACGAAACUUUUGAUGAACUAAUUCAUAUGAAUCCAUAAAGCUCCAAUUAUAAGCCCUCACCACCCGCCUCGUUAAUAAGUGCCCCGGCUUAUUGGCUCAUCUACACGACAAUCAAAUCAACUAUUUCCUGUGUAAGCCCCCUUCCUCUCCGCCACGUUUCUAAGCGACCCCUUCUUGUUUCGUCAAUGUCACAACUCUCAGAACAAGUAGUGUACGACAAGAUUUAUCGUUAAACAUGUCAAAUACCAUAAGGAAACUAUUUAGUGUUUUAAGUAUAAGUGUACAACAGUUGCUAUAAUCUGUCGUACAAAAGCAACACUUAAACAGGCUUCAACUUGGGCUUUAUUUGUGUUUGUCCGAAUUCCGUUUUAUUGUUUGCAGUUGACAACAGCUGCGUGAGACAAAUAGUUUUACAAUAUACUCAAUCUUGUUUGAAAACAAACUUACGACAAUUAAUGUAAUACCUGGUAAGGGUCAACAGUCUCUUCAGUCUGGGUCACUAAUGGAUUUCUUUUGAAUAAAAUGUUUGAAUGCCGCA